AUGUCGAACCGCUACUCGGUCUUUUCUACCCAGUCCGCCGGUCUGGCUGGUCCACGGCCGAUCCUCCAGCAUGCCACCCAGGUCUCGACUACAACAUUGCUGAAUGCACUUCAUUCAUUCUACUCCGCUGGUCAGCCCUAUCAGCUGGACUCGAGCACAAGCUUAGUCGUCAAUACCUGGGUCACAGCGGCCACCACCUUGCCAGAUGGACGCAAUGGUGCCACCGUCGAUCGUGAUAUGGCCAUUAGGGCCUGGGAGCAUGCUCGGCGACGGGCAGAGGAUGGCUGCAUAGCCUUGUGCUCGCUUCACCAGUCCACACCCUCACUGCUCGAGCCGUUUCUCAUGGCACUGCCACUUUCUACCCCGGAUGUGGCCUUCACAGCGCUCGCCGUGUUGCGGCCGUUGCUGUCCGCGGUGACCUCGUUCAACCCAUCGUACUGUCUGCACUCCGCCUUGGCAGCUACAUACACUUUGACUUUGCAGGGAACAGUGGUCGGCAUGUCCUUGUCCUUGUCAACGUCGGGCAUCAAUGUCCGCAGGGGUCUUCUCGAAGUCCCCAACGAGGCGGGCUACCGUGCAUUUGACGUCUUCUAUUAUCUCUUGACUUCUGCGUCGACCCCUGCCGAGCGUGAAUUCUUGGAACUGAAAGACCCUACUGCCUAUGCUUUGCUCAACCGAUCUAAUACGUACGGUCCACCAUCCUACCUUCCCACCGCCGACGACACGGCUUCCGCCGAGGACUUCCGGGCAGCCUUGAAAGUCAUCGGAAUCAAAGGUGCCGCUCUCCGAGGCUUGCUCUCGGUGCUUGCGGGUCUUCUCAAGCUUGGCAAUGCAGCCGGUUUGAUGGUCGACCAGGAAGACCUAGAAGAAGUAUGUGAAGACGUCGGCGGUCUUUUGGGGGUAGAUCCGGAAAUUCUUUUGCAUAAAUGCUCCACCGAUGAACGUGAGGUCUUGAUUGCCGGAAUCUAUGAAGCGCUGGUGGACUGGGUGGUCAGCAAAGCCAACGAUGCCAUUGCCACCGAUGUCCAGGGAACGUUGGAAAAUGAUUCCAGUAGUGGUGGAACCGGUGCGGCGCAGUAUUCGAGCGAUGACACUGUCAGCCUUACCGUGAUUGAUAUUCCACGGCCGGCUCUCGGUAAAGCAAUUGCCAUGCGCGGCGUCUUCGAUGAUGAGCUCGGAAUCAACUCCGAGAUGAGAGAAGAUGGGGUCCUCAUCCCUGCCAUUGGGAACUCCGUUGCCAAUGAAAUGAAUGCCGCCGUCGCACAGGUCGAGCCUGACCUUGGCAUUACCAACGGCGUCGCUGGACGAGAGCGUGAGCACGAACUUGACAAGCGACAAGGCGUUUUGGAGAAGGUCGGAGUCGAGGCUGAAAGCGAUGCUUUUCUGCGACAGCUGCUGUUCCCGGUCGAGACGGAGGGCAUCUCUGUCGGCAAGCGAGGACGGUUCGACCUUUCUACCACCCUUGGCAGCAGCCGCGUAUGGUACCACCUCUCUCUUCAUCCGACCGAUGAAACACCGGACCAACUGAGUGGAUCAAACCCGGCCGCCGGAUGGUCGGCAGGUGCGGUGUCGCGUCAGCUCCGAGACUGGAGGCUUCCAGAGUGGGCAAACCGUCGUCUCAAGCAGCUCGAUUUCACCGCCGACUUCGAUAUCGAGGAGUUUGUUGGUCGAUAUGCCCGCCUCGGCUGCACAGAGGGCCAGGACGGCGUCGAAAACUGGAUCAUCGAGAGGGGUUGGAGCAACGGCGAUGCCGUCGUGGGCCAGCAGCGGAUCUGGAUGCGAGAAGGCGCGUGGUGGGAAGCUGAGUCUAUGCUUGACCUCAAACCGGAAGAAAAUCCAACGAACCCUUUCACAUACGGCCCUGCCAUGUACGACACUGGCUACUCCCCCGACGGCAAUCCCAUUGGCGAAGGUAGUAACCUGCUCGGGGGCCAAACCGAUUUCCUGCAACACCCCAACGCAAUGGCCCCGAGUGUCAUGGGAGGUGCUAGGUCGAUCGCUCCCAGUGCGCCUUAUACCCAUGUUGCUUCCCCCGGUGACUACGGGCUGGGCCAUAAAGGCGAUGACAAGAAAGGAGACGUGGCAUACUACGACGACUACGGCCGAUAUAUUGGCGAACUCGAUCCUGAGUUUGGUGACCCGAAGCACAUCGAGAAGAAAGAAAUCACCUUGGGCCGUCGGGCCUGGACGGGUCUCGUCUGGGCAGUGACAUUCUUUAUUCCGUCUUUCCUACUCCGGUGGGUGGGCCGCAUGAAACGUCCCGAUGUGCGGAUGGCCUGGCGAGAAAAAGUCGUCCUGGUGCUCUUGAUUUUGCUUUUCAACGGCCUUGUCUGCUUUUACAUCAUCGCCUUCGGUGAUCUGCUUUGCCCCAACAAGGACAAAGUUUGGAAUUCGAGAGAGGUCAGUUGGCAUCAAGGGGAUGAUGACUUCUUUGUCAGCAUCCACGGCCGCGUCUACGAUAUCAGCAAGUUCUGGCGUCUGCAACACAGUGACAACGGGUAUGAGACCACCUCGUCGAACAUGAAGGAAUUCGCGGGCCAGAACUUGGAUGCAUACUUUCCUCCGCCUCUGACUCAGUACUGCUACCCCUUCGUCGACGACGACUCAAUUGUGAUGAUGCACAACGAUACCAACGCCAUCACCAACGGCCAGGCGGAGCACAAGAGUGGUCCCCGACAGCAAUCCAAUCCAGACACGAAGCUGCACGACAAGAACUGGUACAAGGACACCUUCCUGCCCAAAAUUGGUUCAUACUACAAGGGUGAUUUGGUCUGGACCAAGGGUACAAUCGAGAAACAAGCCAAUGACGACAUGCGGUAUUGGGUGAUUGUCAACCAAAAGGUCUAUGACUUGACAGACUAUUUCUACACCCUGAAGACGAUGAACAACCGGGACAACUACAAAUUCUUGCCGGACGCCGUCACCACGCUCUUCAAGGACAACCCGGGAACGGAUGUGACGGACAAAUGGCAGGACACUACGGAAUUCAAGAACGCCAAGACGUGCCUCGACUAUGUGUUCUACCAAGGAAAGGUUGAUUUUCGAGACACGCCAAGGUGCACCGUAAAUAACUGGAUCCUUCUGUCGUUCACUGUCCUAAUUUGCGCCGUCAUUCUUGUCAAGUUCUUGGCGGCUCUCCAGCUAGGGUCCAAACGCCGUCCAGCACCUCAGGACAAAUUUGUGAUUUGCUUGGUUCCGGCGUACACCGAAGGCGAGGACGCCCUGCGAAAGGGUCUCGAUUCGCUGACUGCCCUGCAGUACGACAACAAGAGGAAGCUGAUCUGUGUCAUCUGUGAUGGUAUGAUCGUUGGUGGCGGCAAUGACCGACCGACGCCUAAGAUUGUUUUGGACAUUCUCGGUGUCGAUCCCAAGAUGGACCCGCCCGCAUUGCCUUUCAGGUCUAUUGGCCAGGGAAGUGACCAGCUCAACUAUGGCAAAGUAUACUCCGGUCUCUAUGAGUAUGAGGGCAAUGUCGUUCCCUAUGCCGUGAUCGUGAAAGUUGGCAAGGAGUCUGAACAGAGAAAGUCGAAGCCCGGCAACCGAGGCAAACGAGACUCGCAAGUUCUUCUCAUGAAUUUCUUGAACCGUGUGCACCACCGUGCCCCGAUGUCGCCGCUGGAGCUGGAAAUGUUCCACCAGAUAAACAAUAUCAUCGGUGUGGACCCGGAGCUCUACGAAUACUGUUUCAUGGUCGACGCAGACACCAGUGUCAAAGAGGAUUCUUUGAAUCGCUUGGUCGCUGCCUGUGCGGCGGAUGCCAAGAUUGCUGGUAUUUGCGGCGAGACCAGUCUUCAGAACGAAGAACGGAGUUGGUGGACAAUGAUCCAGGUUUACGAAUAUUACAUCUCGCAUCACCUGGCUAAAGCAUUCGAGUCACUUUUCGGCAGUGUGACCUGUCUUCCCGGCUGUUUCUGCAUGUAUCGUCUUCGGACUGCCGACAAGGGUCGUCCUCUAAUCAUUUCCGACAAAGUCAUUGAAGAGUAUGCGGACAACGAUGUCGACACUCUCCACAAGAAGAACCUUUUGUCGCUGGGCGAGGACCGGUAUUUGACCACUCUUAUGACCAAGCACUUCCCGACAAUGCGAUACAAAUUCAUCCCGGACGCGUACGCAAGCACGGCUGCCCCUGAAGCCUGGAGCGUUCUUUUGUCGCAGCGACGCCGCUGGAUCAACUCGACCGUGCACAACCUCGUGGAAUUGGCAGCACUGAAGGAUCUCUGCGGUUUCUGUUGUUUCAGUAUGCGUUUCGUCGUGCUCGUGGAUCUGCUCGGAACGAUUAUUCUCCCUGCAACCUGCGUCUACCUUGGAUAUCUGAUCUACCGUGUGGCUAGCGGCACUGGCCCGUUUCCCUUGAUUUCCAUUGUGAUGCUUGCGGGUGUGUAUGGUCUUCAGGCGAUCAUCUUCAUUAUCAAGCGGCAGUGGCAGCAUAUCGGAUGGAUGAUCAUUUACUUGAUUGCCUUCCCCAUCUACAGUUUCGUCUUGCCGCUCUACUCGUUUUGGAAGCAGGAUGACUUCACAUGGGGUAACACCCGUGUAGUCAUUGGCGAGAAAGGUGACAAGCGCGUUAUUGCUGUGGAGGAUGAGGGCUUCGACCCGCGCAGCAUUCCGCUGCAGCGCUGGGAUGACUACGCCAUGGCCAACAAUCUCCCCGGACGCCGCGGGGACCUCGCUCCUAGCCAGGAGAAGCUGUUCUCAACGGGCCGGUACAUGGACGACACGGCAAUGGAGAUGGACGAUAUGCAUUCGCAAUACUCGUCUGUGAAACCCGCGUCGACCAUUCUAACUGGCUUCCCCGGUCAGGGCCGCGACGCGAGUCCGUACAUGCCGCCCCAGUCGCCGGCGCCGUUUGUCGGUGGCAAUGUCCCGGGCAAUCGCAACUCUCACAUGUCCAGCUUCUCACGCUACACCGACUACCCGCAGAUGGGCGGCCACCCCGCCGCUGCAUCUCGGCACAUGUCUAUUGGCAAUCUUAGCGGCUACCAGGAGAGCCCCGGUCAUUUGAGCCGGCAAAGCACCGGGCUCAUGCAGAGCACCGAGAACCUGCUCGCAAGCUCGCGGUCACGCAGCCCCCUCGGACAGUACCCGUCGCGGCCUGCCAGUACUGCAUUUGAUUUCCGCGGUGGCGGCGGACCCGACGAACAGGCCAUCACCGAGGCUGUUCGGGGAUGUCUGGCCGAGGUUGAUUUAGACACGGUCACCAAGAAGCAGGUUCGCGUCCUCGUUGAACAGCGCCUGCAGACUACGCUCACGGGCGACAAGCGCUCGUUCCUGGACCGGCAGAUCGACCAGGAACUGGCCAGCAUGUGA